GUUGUGCCUACAUUUUGCGAUGCGUUCACGGACAGCUGCUGCAAUGUCGCCCCGCUAGCAGGCACCGGAGCGGACCGACGGAGAGCAGCCCAGACCCCCGGACCCCCGGACCCGGACCCGGACCACCACACGUCCCGCCGGGUCACUCAUGCCGAGCCGGGCCGAGCCUUGGCGGUGUCGGUGAAGGGAAGAAGCUGUGAUGCUUUCGAUGCGGGUGUGAGACAGAAGAAGGAGGAAGUGCUUUCCACCUCCGAGAGGAGAGCAGCCUGGUGGAGUUCACGGGUCCGGACCUUUGUUUUGAAAAGGACGCUGAAGAGGAACCGUCCCCGGGUCCGAUCCCUCGCAGAAGUCUGACGGGACCGAGCCCUGCACACGGAUCCAAAAUGGCUAUCGCGAAACAAUUUGGACUGCUGGUGUGGAAGAACUAUCUCCAGCAGAAACGUCAAAUCCUGGUGACUCUGGUGGAGAUACUCCUGCCCCUGCUCUUCUCUGGCAUCCUCAUCGUGCUGCGUCAGAAAGUGCCUAUUGAGGAUUACCCGAAUGCCACGGUCUAUGGGAGCUACGCUGUCGACGACCUCCCCAAGAAGUUCAUGCAACGCAUGCAGCUGGCCUACGUGCCCGGUAACUCCAGUGUGGUGCGCCAGGUGGCGGAGGACGUGCGAGCCAGACUGUCUCUCUCCUCAGCGCGUGGAUUUGAAACAGAGGAGAGUUUUGACCAGUACGUGAAGCAUGACCCUCAGUCAGGGAAGGUGCUGGCGGCGCUGGUGUUCGAGCACGCUUUCCACGACGAUGAACCGAUGCCUUUAAAGGUGCGCUACCACCUGCGGUUCUCCUUCAGCCCGCUCAAUGCCCCAAUCAAGGAGAAGUCCGAGCUGAACCCGAACAGUGACCUGGACUGGCACACACACCGUCUCUUUCCCCUUUUUCUAAUGCCAGGGCCGAGAGAGCAGCAUGACAGUGAUGGGGGCACGCCAGGUUAUAAUCGAGAGGGCUUUCUGGCGGUGCAGCAUGCAGUGGACAGAGCCAUCAUGCAUUCUUACAACAGCACUGCUGCUGCCCCUCUGCUGGGACAGGUCAGAGUGGUCCUGUCACGGUUUCCGUAUCCUGCCUUUAUAUAUGACGUCUUCAUCCUGGCCAUUCAGAACCAACUGCCCCUACUUAUGGUGCUCAGCUUCACGUACACAUCCCUCAACAUUGUACGAUCCGUCGUGCAGGAAAAGGAGAGGAAGCUCAAGGAGUACAUGAGGAUGAUGGGUCUCAGCAACUGGCUCCACUGGAGUGCCUGGUUCCUCCUGUUCUUCCUCUUCCUCUCCAUUUCCAACUUUUUUUUUACCCUGCUGCUCUGUAUCAAGGUGAGCCCUAACGGCGCCGUGCUGAGCUACAGUGACCCCACGCUGGUCUUUGUCUUCCUGCUCGCAUUCACUGUGGCCACCAUCAACUUCAGCUUCAUGAUCAGUGCCUUCUUCUCACGAGCCAACGUGGCAGCAGCAGCGGGCGGCUUCAUUUAUUUUCUGAGCUACUUGCCUUAUUUGUUCCUGUGGCCACGCUGGGACUUACUGAGCCAUGCCCAGAAGGUGUCAGCCUGCCUUAUCUCCAACGUGGCCAUGUCCAUGGGUGCUCAGCUCAUUGGAAUAUUCGAAGGCAAAGGCACAGGAAUCCAGUGGUCGAACCUGUUUGACUCUGUCACUGUGGACGACGACUUCUCCAUGGCCCAGGUUAUGGCCUUGCUGCUGUUCGACUCUGUGCUUUAUGGGCUGGUAGCCUGGUACAUGGAGGCAGUUUUUCCCGGGGAGUAUGGAGUGCCUCUACCGUCCUACUUCUUUGUACUGCCUUCAUACUGGUGCAGCAGCCCUCGCAUGGCUCUCGUGAACGAGAAAGAGGAAGAGGAGGAUGCAGAAAAGGCUCUGAAAGGAGAGUUUAUAGAGGAGGAACCAGCUGGAUUAGUCUCUGGGAUCAAGAUCAAACACCUUGUUAAGGAAUUCCGAGUGGGCAACAAGACGCGUACAGCGGUGCGGGAUCUGACGCUGAACAUGUUUGAAGGACAGAUCUCGGUGCUGCUGGGACACAACGGUGCUGGGAAGACGACCACGCUGUCCAUGCUGACAGGUCUGUUUCCUCCCACCAGUGGCAGGGCCUACAUCAACGGCUACGACAUCUGUCAGGAUAUGUCCCUGAUCCGCCGCAGCUUGGGACUCUGUCCCCAGCACGACGUUCUGUUUGAUAACCUCACAGUCAGCGAGCACCUGCUUUUCUUCGCUCAGUUGAAAGGCUACUCCAAAGAAAAGAUUCCAGACGAGGUGGACAGAAUCCUCCGUGUCCUGAACCUCGAGGACAAGCGGCACGCUCGCUCCAAGACCCUCUCCGGUGGCAUGAAGAGAAAACUCUCUAUUGGCAUUGCCCUCAUUGGAGACUCCAAGGUUGUAAUGUUAGAUGAGCCCACAUCGGGUAUGGACCCCUCAGCUCGACGGGCCACCUGGGACCUCCUGCAGGGGGAGAAACGGGGUCGCACCAUUCUGCUCACCACGCACUUCAUGGAUGAGGCCGACCUGCUCGGUGACCGAAUCAUCAUCAUGGCAGGAGGGGAGCUGCAGUGCUGCGGGUCACCGCUGUUCCUUAAGAACAAAUAUGGUGCUGGCUACCACAUGGUGAUAGUGAAGGAUGCUCUUUGUAACGUGUCCGAGAUCACCCGCCUUGUCCACAUGUAUGUUCCAAACGCCACGCUGGAGAGCAGCGCCGGAGCCGAGCUCUCUUACAUUCUGCCCAAAGAAAGCACCAGCAGUUUUGAGCUGCUGUUCGCUGAGCUGGAGAUGAACAGAGAGGAACUGGGCAUCGCCAGCUACGGAGCCUCUGUCACCACCAUGGAAGAAGUUUUCCUCAGAGUGGGAAAGCUGGUAGAUUCCAGUUUGGACAUCCAGGCUAUCCAGCUGCCCCCCCUUCAGUACCAACAUGAGAGACGGUCCAAUGACUGGACCACAGACGACGCCAGCAGCAUCAGCGGCAUGACCGAUGUCACCGACUUCACCGACAGCGGCACUCUCAUCUCAGAGGACUGCUCCAACAUCAAGCUCAACACGGGGGUCAGACUCCACCUGCAACAGUUCUAUGCCAUGUUCCUGAAGAGGGCGCUGUACAGCUGGAGAAACUGGAAGGUGAUGGUGGCUCAGUUCCUGGUUCCUUUGGUCUUCACUGUCGUGGCCCUAGUCGUGGCGCGCACUUUCCCCAGUCACGAGAACGCCCCUCAGCUGAGGCUGGCCCUCAGCCGCUACGGCCCCACCAAGGUCCCUCUGGCUCUGCCGCCCGGGGCCAGUCCCCUGGCUUCUGCUCUGGCAAACGCAUACACCUCACAGCUCUCCGCCCAGCUAGGCCGACUCGUCAACAUCACCGGUGAGCCGAGAGAGAGCGAGACAUGGCUUGUCUGCUCGGUUGAGUGUUUACUGACCACAUGUCCUCUCUCUGUUCCUCUCCCUUCAGACUUCACUGAAUACAUCCUGACCCAGGCAAAGGAGGAGGGAGGCAGCUUUAACGAGCGCUGUGUGGUGGGUGCAGCCUUCCGUGGCCACAGCAGCCAGUUCACUGAAGCCACGGCCUACUUCAACAACGAGGGCUACCACACACCUGCCACGGCUCUCAUGAUGGUGGACAACGCUCUGUUCAAACUGAUAGCGGGGCCGAAUGCUUCCAUAGAGAUGGGAAACUACCCCAUGCCGCGCAACCUGUCGGAGAUCGCCCAGGGCCGGCUGACCGAGGGGAAGACGGGCUUUGCCAUCGCCAUCAACCUGAUGUACGGCAUGGCCUCCCUCUCCAGCACCUUCGCCCUGCUGCUCGUCACCGAGUCCGCCAUCAAGUCCAAGCACGUGCAGCAGGUCAGCGGCGUCUACCUGUCCAACUUCUGGUUUUCGGCGCUGCUCUGGGACCUGUUCAACUACCUGCUGCCCUGUCUCCUCAUGUUGGUCGUAUUCCGGGCGUUUGCAGUCAAGGCCUUCGUAGAAGAUAACCACCUGGUGGAUGUGUUGCUGUUGCUGUUGCUCUACGGCUGGGGUGUGGUGCCUCUUAUGUACCUACUCAGCUUCUUCUUCUCCUCUGCGGCCACCGCCUACACUCGCCUGACCAUCUUCAACGUGAUCUCUGGCACCGCCACCUUCCUGGCUGUCAACAUCAUGGCCAUCCCAGAGUUGAAGCUGCAGCACCUGUCACAAUUACUGGAUAAGGUGUUCCUGAUCUUCCCAAACUACUGCCUCGGAAUGUCCUUCAGCCAGUUCUACCAGAACUACGAAUUCCUCACGUUUUGUACGUCCAGCUUUGUUAGCGAGGCAAUCUGCAAACACUACAACGUCACUUACCAGACCAACUACUUCUCCAUGUCGGAGCCUGGUGUGGGACGUUUCCUCGUGGCCUUUUCGAUUCAGGGAGUGGUCUUCUUUAUUCUGCUGUUCACCAUCGAGCUGCAGUUUGUCCGCACACUCUGGAGAAUCCUCACCUCCCUGGGCAGACGACGCAAACAGUUACCUCUAAUAGAGGAUGCAGCGGUCCUUCCAGAGGACAGAGACGUGGCCGAUGAGAGGAAGAGGGUCCUGGAGUGCCAGCCGAUAAUAGAGUCUAUGGUCGGCAGCCCCCUUGUCCUGCAUGAGCUCAGCAAGGUGUACAGCAGCGGGGGAAAUCUCCUGGCUGUGGACCGGAUGUCUCUAGCUGUUGGAAAAGGUGAAUGUUUUGGACUCCUGGGCUUCAAUGGAGCAGGGAAGACCACCACCUUUAAGAUGCUAACGGGUGAUGAGAGCGUUACCUCCGGGGACGCUUACAUUGACGGAUACAGCAUUUUGAGGGACAUUAAAAAGGUGCAGCAGCGCAUCGGUUACUGUCCCCAGUUUGACGCUGUGUUGGACCACAUGACGGGAAGAGAAACUCUGAGUAUGUAUUCCAGGCUCAGAGGAAUACCUGAGAAGUAUGUGUCCGGCUGUGUGGAGAACGUCCUGAGGUCACUGCUGCUGGAGCCUCACGCUGAUAAACUGGUCCGCAGCUACAGUGGUGGUAACAAGCGGAAGCUGAGUGCGGCCAUCGCUCUGAUUGGUGGGCCUCCGGUCAUCUUCUUGGACGAACCCUCGACUGGGAUGGACCCUGUGGCCAGGAGGCUGCUGUGGGAUUCUGUGACACGCACACGAGAGUCUGGCAAGGCCAUAGUCAUCACUUCUCAUAGUAUGGAGGAGUGCGAGGCCCUGUGCACCAGGCUGGCGGUGAUGGUCAACGGCCAGAUGAAAUGUCUCGGGAGUCCCCAACACCUGAAGAGCAAGUUUGGCAGUGGCUACACUCUGCUGGCGAAAGUGCACGUGGAGGCUGAUCUGGAGGACAGUGACCUCCAUCUGUUUAAAGAAUUCAUUGAAAGCACCUUUCCAGGAAGUCAACUAAAGGAUGAACACCAGGGGAUGGUGCACUACCACUUGACUGACAAAACACUAACCUGGGCCCAGGUGUUUGGCACUUUGGAGGCAGCCAAAGAGAAAUACCGCAUUGAAGAUUACUGCGUGAGCCAGAUAUCCCUGGAGCAGGUGUUCCUCAGCUUUGCCCAGUUCCAGCACUGCAUAGAGAGCGGGAAGAAGUAGGUGGAAGAGGAGUCCGUCCAUCCAUCGUCCAUUUUAAUCUGUGUGAAUGUAUGUAUGCGUGUGUGUGGGUUUGUGUGUGUGUGUGUGUGUGUGUGUGUAGAUGGACUUACAGUUACACAGCAGUUGUGUAUACUGCUGGAGCAGAGAGGGAUUUAUCUCCUGCUCCAUUUUAAUAUGACCAACAACACAUACACACACACAUGUAGACACACACACACACACACUGGGCCAGUCCCUAAUCGUCACCUUCAUCAUUUCUACUACUGUAUCCUGUUGAUGUGUGUUUGCUGGCUCAUUCAUGCCGUCGUUAUUGUUGUUGUGUGAUGAGAAAGUAGGAAAUGGGAAUGUGGUUUAUUCCACGUGAUGAACUCUGAUGCACCUUUUUUAGUGAGGUCAAAGGUCAUUGACACCACUCAUUAGAUACGACCACUUCUCUUAAUUAUGUGUGACAGGGUGUGUGUGUGUGUGUGUACAGCUUGUCUUUUUGUUAUUUAUGAUUUUUAUUUCAUGAUUUUAUUUCAGAGACUUUGCGCGCUUUGGUGAUCAUGAGUCGCCACGAAGGAGUGAACCACUCUUAUUUGAUACGUCUAUGAAAAUGUAACACACCAUUACGCCUUAUCUAACUAAUGAGGGUUUGUGUAAUUAUAUUGCUCAAUAUAAAACAAUGUAAAUAAUGUGGCGUGUUCAUGGUACUAAAACCAGUUUGUCAUUCAAAACAGAGAAAAACUGUUACUCUUUUUAAAGGCAUAUUUUUUGGGGGGCUCAUUAACGAAUGCAUGCAUAAAAUACGACUUACCGAGCGCAUGAUGCUGAUGAUGAUGAUGAUGAUGAUGAAGAAAAAGACCGUCCUUUCUGCAGAGGAGCACAUUAAGUCCAGUCUGAGUACAUUUAAUAUGCUUCUUUUAUGAACCAAUGAUUCUGUUUUCGCUGCCAAACAAGUUAUAGAUUCAGUUUAUGUCUCAGCCAUUUGGAAUAACGCAGAAGCUAUUUAGAGAGAAUCGCUGUAUGACGCAGGUGAUGAUGCUGCCGCCAACGCUGUCGCAGUAAAACAGGAAGAAUUAACCUCAAGUUGUAUCAGACCACAUGUGAUCGAUUUGGACCAACAAGAGCAAGACUGCAAAGACCUAUGUGGCGUUUUUGAAUGUUUAUUUCUUUUUUUUCCCGCAGCUAUGCAUUUCAUACGGUACACCUGUGUGUAUGUGUUUGUAUGUAUGUAUAUAUAUAUAUAUACAUACACAUGUGACAUACACUUUGUGUGUGUGUAAAUUAGUGGGUUUGUGUGUGAGGAAGCGUGAGAAUGACAACUCAUUAUUCUUGAUUUUUAUCCAGUCGAACGUAAAUCAGUGCUACGAUAUGAGAGCUGAGAGAUUGUCCCUGUGCAGUGGACGAGCUUUACUGCUGUGUCACAUUUAGCGUGUAGCUGCUCCUUUUAGGAAAUAGAAUAAAAAGGCUGAACAGUUGUAUGGAUUGUGAACACAGUCCCCUGCACACUAACCGAUGCCUUGUCCCUGAGGAACAAUAAUCAGCACAGUGUUUGUUUCUCUUUCAUCGAGCUCAGAAUGUGCCCCUCCGUCACAUGUUUGUACUUAUAAAGAACCUGUUGAACAUCACGUGUGUUCUAUUCCAUAGGAUUGUUAUGAUUUCCUCACACGUAACAAUGAGGAUCACAUCAUCAUUAUUGUUGUUUUUAAUUUCCUGCUUGCCAUGCCGUGUUUACGAUUCAAUGUUAUUCUCUGAGACGGAUCAUCAAUCAGAUGAGCUGAGACUCGUGAGCAGAUUCCUUCUCUUGAAGACAAAUCGACCAGAAGUGAGAUGAAUGUAUUUCCGCGUCUCACAGGAAAGCAAGAAGCACUCGAGGUUUAUCAGAAUUGUUACCAAUUUUCUGCACUUUCUUCAUGUCACUGUUCAAUGUGUGUAGAAACAAAAGAAGUAGAGAUUGACAUUCCAUUGGUCCUUAAAGGUUUGAACCCCUUCAUGUUUUACUUUUGUUAUGUUUGUUUGUGUGUCUCUUUACACUGUAUGACUUGAAUCAACUGCAGCGUCCGAUACGUAGAAACACAAACAUGGGAACGUUUGUACUGCUGAUACUGAAGGAGUUGAGUGCUGAGGCACUGUCAUUUAAAAGGGGAAUUUACAUCUGUGUAAUGUACUGUACCAUGGAACUGACCUAGUCAACUGUAUUUGUGUCGCAAUUCUUUUUAAAUAAAAUAAUGCUCUAUGCACAUGGAAGCAAA